AACCUCACCAGAUCGAACUCUAUCUCUGGCGCGGCGUCUUCGGUUUCGGUUUCUGGAGCUCUGUUUGACACUCCAGGCCUCGACCUCUCUCUCCCUCCCUUCAAAGCCUUCGUCAAGCAGAUCGUGCAAGCUUUUCUCGAAGAGAAGCAGCAACAGCUAGAUGAAGAACAACAAGAACAACAAGGAGUUACCCAGGACAAGGAGUUCGAUGACGAUGGCGAUCUCAUCAUCUGCAAGCUUUCGGAGAAGAGGAAGGUGACGAUUCAGGAUUUCAGAGGGAAAACACUGGUCUCCAUUAGGGAGUAUUACAGAAAGGACGGCAAGGACCUACCUACUUCAAAAGGUCUUUUCACUAAGAAAUAUAGAAGCUUCUCUUUUUAUACAGAUCACGCCUCGAAUGAUUUUGCCACUAAGAAGGUCAAGUUAUACACUGGUUCCGUCCUCUUUGUUUCUUGGGUUUUUUGCUUCUAUAAUGUUGGUUGGACAGGGAAUAUAUCUCACUUCCACUGCACGCAGUCAUGCUAAAGAUAACAACUUGCAUGAAGGUGAGGAAAGUGGAUAUGCUUGAUGGAGUUUCCAUUGUGCGAUCUGAGAAGGUGAAGGAUGAGUUGGUUUUCGAUGGAAAUGACAUUGAGCUUGUUUCUAGGUCAUGUGCCCUUAUCAAUCAGAACAAGGAUAUCAGGAAGUUUCUUGAUGGUAUUUAUGUUAGUGAGAAGGGGACCGCAUUAAUAAAGAAGGUGGUGAAAAAGAUCGUUAUGGGGAAAAAGAUUGGAGCAUGUAUUUAGUAGAAAGUCUAAAUUAAGGGUAUGUGUUUAUCUAUACUUGCAGUUUUUGUUCAUCAGAUUCAUUAUGUAAUGAAUGAGCUAGUUAUACUGGUUGAGAGAUAGUUAGUGCAAUGUACUAAUGAAAAUAAUAUUCAUCCACUUUCUCUCAUUUCCUUCUAUGUUAGGUUAACAGUGUGUGCUACUUCACUUUCUGUAACUGGAACUUUGGAAAGUUAAAUUAGUUAUGAGCUAAUUAUAUGAGCUAUUUCUGAAUGGAAAAUGUGCUAGGUAUGACUUUUUAA